AUGCUACAGGCGGCCACGGUGUUCGCCAAGCAGCGGGAACUGUCGCUUGCGGGCCGCGACCUCACGGCGCUGCCCAAGUGGGUGCGCGAGUUCCGAGGGCUGAGGAAGCUGGACCUCUCCGACAACCAGCUCACGGCGCUGCCCACCUACAUCUCGGACUUCCGCCACCUCGAGAAGAUGGACCUCACCGGCAACCCGCUGCCCAGCAUCCCCGUCGAAAUCAAGCAGCGCCUCGAACGCAGCCUCAAACCGCUCAUGGUCUACCUCCGCAAUCUCAAAAUGUCGCAAGAGAAGAAGUGGUCACGGGUGAAGCUGAUGCUGGUGGGCCGGGAGAACGUGGGCAAGACCUCGAUUCUCAAGUGUCUCCACACCUUCCUCGACAACCCCAAACUGAUGAAGAAGCAAAAGCCCGACAAGAAGAAGAAAAACGCGCCCAACAUCCCUCUUCUCAGCACGGACGGCAUUCAAAUGGGGCGGCUCUCGACCGAGAAUUGGGUGCGGCAGGCGAAGAAGGGCAGCAAGGGCAAAGAGGCCAAGAGCGACCCGGUCGAGUUCCAGACGUACGACUUUGGCGGGCAGGUGGUGUUCUACCCGACGCACCAGCUCUUCCUCACCGCCCGAUCGCUGUACCUGGUCGUGUUCAACGUCGUCGAGGACGAUCGCACAAACAUUCAGUACUGGCUCAAGCAGGUCAAGACAUCGACCAAGGGCCUCGAGGCGCCGGUCAUCGUCGUCGGCACACACAUCGACCACCCCAACUGCCCCAGCAGCCAGUCCCUCCUCCAAAUCGGCAAGCAAAUCCAACGACAAGACAUGAACGUGCGCAAGGUGUGCUUCGUGAGCUGUCGGACUGGUGACGGCAUCGAGGAGUUGAUGGAGGCGAUCGUGGACCUGGCCGAGAAGCACAGCUUCCUCAAGCAGACCGUGCCCGAGAGCUACCACCUGCUCCUCCAGACGAUCGACAACCUGCGCAGCGGCAAGUCGCCCGACACGGCGGCUGACCACACUCUCGCAACUACGGGCAGCUCCGUCUCCAUGCCCCUCAUGCCGACCCCUGAGAUGACAAAGACCGUGGCCCCUCUCUACAGCAGCGAAUCCUUCAUUACAUUUUCUCGCGAGUCCGCAGCACAGGAGGGCCUGAAGUGGACCACCUGGGAGCGUAUCGAGAAGCUGGGCCGUGGGUGCGGCAUUGCGCUGGAGGAUCUGGGCGAGGUGGUGCACUUUCUGCACGACGUCGGCACGCUGGUGCACUUCGACGAUCCCUUCGGCGGGCUGCAGGACCUGGUGGUGAUCGACCCGCAGUGGCUGGCCGACGUCAUGAAGAGCAUCAUCUCCUUCAACAACAAAUGGAUCAAGAACGGCAUGAUCGCGCAGCGCGAGUUGUUCAACUGGGUGUGGCGAGACUUCCCGCCGCAUCUCCACCCGGCGUUGCUGCGCAUGUUCGAGCGGUUUCAGAUUUUGUUCCAAAUGCGCGUCGAGCAGGUCAAGCACCAGGAGGGAGCCGACGAGGAGCCGCCGAAGUCGGAAGAAGGCGCUGUGAGUGGUCCCAAGGGCAAGCUGUUCAUGGUGCCCUCGCUCCUGCCCGAGGACUGCCCGGCCAACGAGCUGGCCAAGGAGUGGCCCGAGGUGCGCGGCGACGACGUCACGGCUGAGUUCGGCCGCGUCUACGACCUCGGCGACUUCGUGCCCAUCGGCCUCUUCGCGCGUCUUAUCGUGCGCGUGCUUCACAUUCCGGACCUGAAGCUCAUCCUGGCCUGGCGCUCGGGCAUUCUCGUCGAGCUCACCCGCCCCGGCGCGACCGACGACGCGCCGCCCGUGGUCGAGCGCGCCCUCAUCCGGCAGCACUCGCGGCCCAGCUACCUGUUCGAGCUGCUCGUGCGCACCAACAGCUCGACCGCUCUUGCGUCGCAGAGUGGUCAAGACGCUGACAAGUCGGCGGCGGGCAAAAUGGGCGCCGACGCCAAGGGCAACCUGAUCGCGUCGAGCCUGCUGCGCAUCAAGUCCAUCAGCCUGUGGCGCAUGGCCGAUGGCGAGGGCUCGAGCCCGCUGUCCACCCUGCGCCGCAGUAAGAUCCGCCCGCCGUCGUCCAUGUCGCAGACCAGCGCCGUUGGCAGCAGCUGCGGCGGCAGUAGCUUGUCGUCGAGCGAGGCCGAGAGCGACAGCAGCCAGCAGGGCGACGACGGCAACAGCUCCGCGUCGCCGCCGCUGCGGCAGAGCGCCGACGACGAGAUCCUGCAGGUCGACCUGCUCGAGCACCUGGUCUACGUGCUCGACGUGCUGUUCCAGGGCUACGUCGGGCUCGAGGUGCAGAAGCGCGUGCCGUGCCUUGCGAUCACCCGGAAGACCGGCAAGGUGUGUCGCCACGCUUUCGAGUAUGCCGAGUGCAUCGAGGCCGUGAUGGGCGCACGGCCCGUGCGCUGCUCGUCGCACCGCGGCACGCCGAUCUCGGUCGCCCGUCUGGCGCCGGACAUCGCGAUGGGCUCGGUGCGGCUCAUCGGCGAAGACGAGCUGCGCAAGCACAACCGCGUGGGCAAGGGCGGAUUCGGCGAAGUCUACAAGGCCACCUGGAACAACUCCACCGUCGCCCUCAAGCUCCUCAUCAGGAUCAAGGAGGAGGACAAGGAGGAAGACGCCAGAAAGUUCGACGAGUUUAGGCGCGAGGCUUUCCUCAUGAGUUCCCUGCAGCACGACUAUGUGAUCAGGCUGUUCGGCAUCUGCCACCACCCGCUGGGGAUGGUGAUGGAGUACCCGUUGCCCGAGGGCGCGCAGGUGCUCGACCACCUCCAAAAGGGCGAGAAGGUGGGCGUGAAGCGGAACGAUCCGCGGGAGGAGCGCGGGUGGUGCGAGGUCGAGACGCCGCACGGCGAGAAGGGCCUCUUCCCCAAGGAGUGCCUCCAGCUCUCCAAGGCGCCGCUCACCGACGAGCAGAUCCCGUGGGCCCUGCGCUGGCGCAUCGCCCUCGACGUGGCCAAGGGGAUGAACUACCUGCACUCCUUCCAGCCGCCCAUCGUGCACCGCGAUCUCCGCUCCCCCAACGUCUUCCUUAUGAGCACGAGCCUGGACGCGCCGAUCGUGGCCAAGGUGGGCGACUUUGGUCUGGCGCGACAUACCGACCCGAGCCUGGACGAGGGCCUGCGCACUUGGCAGUGGCUCGCGCCCGAGGUGCUGAACCUCGAGCACGUCGAGUACGAUGAGCGGUCCGACGUGUACAGCUUUGGCAUCGUGAUGUACGAGAUCGCCGCGCGCAAGUUGCCCUUCGUGGACGAGUACUGGAUGAGGUUCCAGCGUAACGGCUACUUCCAGGCCAGGGACUGCAUCAACGCCAUCAUCCACGACGACUGUCGCCCGACUCCGCCCGGACCCGACCACUGCCCGCCCGAAUUCGCUCAGCUCAUGCUGGUACCCGAAGCCUUCGCCUCGCCGCGAGAGGCCCGCGCGACGAUCGACGAGUGA